CAAUAGAACCAGUUGUUAAAACGGGUAAAUUACCGAAGUACAAUUUUGAAUAUAAUAAAAAACGAAAUACAUACAUGCAGACUGCUUAUUUUAAAUCUAAACAAUUGAUGACGUUUUAAAAAAAAAAAACAAGUGUUAUGCUGGAGAGUGCGCUGGCGUUAAAUAAUUUCAAUGCUUACGUCUAUCAAUAAUUACUCGUGUGUUACGUGUGCAUGCCUAUAUGCAUGUGGAUGGGUGUGCGCAUAUGAGCCUCGAAAUUCCAGGCUCUGAAUUUCAGAAUUUAAGAAUAGAAGAGGAUAAGUAAACGCUCGACUUGGAAUUUGCAGUUCACUCGCACGCGUAAUCAUAAUCGUAAAUAGCGCAGUAGCAAGAUGACCGUUUCCUACGCGGGCGAAGUGCCGAAUGGCAGUAGUUUUGGCUGCUUUUGGAAAAUUCUAUGGAAAUGGCGUGGCAGUGUUUAUAAAUUAGUUUGGCGAGAAUUAAUUGCUUAUUUAUGUUUGUAUUAUACAAUAAAUUUAGUUUACCGUUUCGCUUUAAAUGAACAACAACAAAAAAUAUUUUAUAAGAUACGUGCAUAUUUUGGACAACAAAGUGAAAGUAUACCGAUGUCCUUUGUAUUGGGUUUCUAUGUUAAUUUGGUCGUCAAACGUUGGUGGGAACAGUACAGAUUAUUACCGUGGCCCGAUACCUUGGCUCUAUUUAUAAGUGCUGCUAUACCGAAUUCUUCGGGUGGUGUUAAUAAUGAAACUGGCCGGUUAAUGCGAAGGAACAUAAUGAGAUAUAUGGUCUUGGCCUAUGUGAUUACUUUACAACGUAUAUCGUUAAGAGUGAAACGUCGCUUUCCUACUACCCAACAUCUUGUCGAUGCCGGUCUCAUGCACGAGUCGGAAAUGAAAAUUUUUGAAUCACUUAAUCAAAAGAGCCCAAUGUCCAAAUACUGGAUGCCCUUAGUUUGGGCAACAAACAUUAUAAAUCGGGCCCGUAAAGAUGGUUUAAUUGCAUCCGAUCACAUUGUACAAACCAUACUAAUGGAAUUGUCAGAUAUAAGACGUCGAUUAGGUGGUCUUAUUGGUUACGAUACCGUAUGCGUUCCGUUGGUCUAUACCCAGGUAGUCACUUUGGUGCUGUACACAUAUUUUAUUGCCGCCCUAUUAGGCCGUCAAAUGUGCCCAGAAUUGCCAAAUCGUGACGGCAAAGAAGAUUCUGAUUUAUAUUUUCCUUUAUUCACAGUGCUCCAGUUUGUUUUCUAUGUUGGUUGGUUGAAAGUCGCCGAAGUGCUAAUCAAUCCAUUCGGUGAAGAUGACGAUGAUAUUGAACUAAACUGGUUGAUCGAUAGGCAUAUUAAGGCGGCUUAUAUGAUAGUUGAUGAAAUGCAUGAAGAGCAUCCUGAAUUGUUAAGAGAUCAAUAUUGGGAGUGUGUUGUGCCCAAAGACUUACCCUAUACAGUGGCUUCGGAGCAUUAUCGCAAGGAUGAACCUAAGGGUUCAGCGGAAAACUAUAAAGUGAAAAAAGAAGACGCCAUGUAUGCGAAUAUAGUACCGGGAGGCGGCAAGCGUAUAGUGACCGAUGACGUUUAUGCUGAUUACGAGAGCGUUGACACCCCUAUGGUGGAGAGACGUAAAAAUAAUUGGUUAGUGCGACAAUUAUCACGUAUGGGCUCUAUGCGGAGUCAGUCGACAGCGUAUUCCUCAGGUGGUAUGGCCUUUAAUCGAAAUCGUUUAAAUUCCGUGUAUUCAAGUCCAGAAUCCGGUCUGCCAAUGACGAUUAUUCAACAACAGCAAUCGCAGCAUCAAGUGCAACAACAAAUGCAAUCUAAGCCGAGCCUGUACGAAAAAUUUGUUCAUCGUAAAUCUUUACGAGCUCAGCGGCAAUUAAUCAAACAGAACACUCGCUUAAAUGGUUUGAAUGUAAAUACCUCAAAAACACGCCCUCGCAUCCCCACACCAGAUGUUUCCAAGGAAACUAACGAUUCUAAUGCCAAUGCCAAUGCAGCAGUAAUAAUGACCACUACCACACAACCUCAAUUAAGCACUCACACCACCAUGUACUCCCCGUACACGAGCACUGGCAAUCAAGACCAAGGUCAGGUGUUGGGCACUUUGUUGUUGUCACCCAUUAAAGAAAUAGAUAGCUCAUCAUCUAACAAUACCUUGAUUCCAGGGCAUCCAAAUACCAAUGCUUUGGCUCAAGCGGUUAUGCCUAGCAAUUUAAAGGAUAUUAACUUUGGGGUAACAGCUUCUAUACCGGUUACCUCGAACAUUACAACACUGUCGUUCCCUUUUACAACCAACUCAACCGAUACUGCGGCCACAUUGAAUAUCUUACCAAUUGCAACAACGCAAAUACCGACCAUUACAACAACGGCUUCCGGUUUUGAUACCAAUGACGUUAUAACGACUAUACCUGUUUCACUAUCCAUACAGCGUACACCGUCAUCGAUAUCGAUUAGCGAGCUGAACAACAGUAACGACAAAUCAGAUAAUAAUAAUUUGUCAGCAGUCGCGACUCCAGCAGCGACCGCUAUUCUAUCGGUUAAGCCAUUAAACGGUGGCACAUCCAUAUCUCGCAAUAAUAGCUUUAACGCUAAACUAAACCUUAAUAUUAGCAACGAUUCCUCCCCCUCCUAUAUGCUUGAACGUGAACAAUCUAUACGUUCGGAAGGUCGCCCGGAUAAACAAGAUAUUGUUGAUAACAGUAACAAUAACAUAAGUACAUCAAUAAUAACGGCGGCUCAUAAAUUAACCGCCAAAGAAAUGAAUUCAUUAAAUAAUGCGAACACCAUUUCCGCCCCAACAACUUUAGCCAAGCGAACAGCAGAUAGUAAAACUGGUGAAGUCUAUGUUUAAAAAUAAAUAAAUAAAUAAAUAAAUAAAUAAAUAAAAU